AUGAAGAUGACCUCUCUCUUGCUAUUGACCCUGGCGGCCACUGCCGCGCCGUCCGCGGCCGGCAGCCCGGUGGCGAAGGUCAUCGAGAUGUUGUCUGGCCUCCAGGCGAAGGUCAUCUCGGAGGGAGAGGAGUCGCACGCUGUCUUCGCGAAAUUCUCUGAGUGGUGCGAGGACGAGGCCCGCGAGCUUGGCUUCCAGAUCAAGACGUCCCAGGGCGAGAUCGCCGACCUCAAGGCGACUAUUGAGAAGGAGGCUGCCAGCAUCGCGGGGUACGAGGCCAAGAUCGAGGAACUCGCCGCGGAGCUGGCCCUGGACGAAGCGGACCUGAAGGCUGCCACCGAGAUUCGCUCGAAGGAGCAAGCCGACUUCUCUGUCGAUGAAAAGGAGCUGAUGGAGGUCAUCGACACCCUCAAGAGGGCACUCGCCAUCUUGGAGAGGGAAAUGGCCAAGAUCGGCUCGGCCUCCAUGCUUCAGGUUCAAAGUGCCAAGUCCGUCGCGCAGGCGCUGACCGCCAUGGUGCAGGCCUCUCUGAUCAGCUCCACCGACGCCAACAAGCUGUCCUCGCUGGUGCAGUCCGCGCAGGCGUCCGGCGAGGAGGACGGCGACUCGGGCGCACCAGACGCGGCCGUGUACCAGGGCCAUGCCGACGGCAUGGGCCGUGAGAACGACGGUGGCAUCAUCGCGGUCCUCGAAGAUCUGCUCCAGAAGGCGGAGGCGCAGCUGGACGGCUUGCGCAAGGCGGAGACGUCGUCCCUCCAGAACUUCCAGGUGCUGUCCCAGAACCUGAGGGACGAGAUUCAGAACGGCAACGCGGACCUCGCCGAGGCGAAGAAGGGCAUGGCGGCAAGCGGCAGCGCGAAGGCGGAGGCCGAGGGCGACCUCUCGGCCACCUCGGCAGACCUUGCCGGCGAUGAGGACACCAAGGCGACCCUGCACGCAAAUUGCAUGGACAAGGCGGAGACCUUUGAGGCGGAGCAGAAGAGCCGCGGCGAGGAGCUGAAGGCGCUGGCGGAGGCCAAGAAGGUCCUCGUGGAGACGACCACCGGGGCGGACGCCCAGAGCUACUCGCUGCUGCAGACCGCCUCCGCCUCGGAGCUGACUGGCGGCGCGGACCUCGCGCGCUACGAGGCCGUGCGCUUCGUGCAGGGCCUCGCGCAGAAGCAGAACUCCACUGGCCUGGCGCAGCUGGCCAUGCGCAUGGCGUCCGUCGUCCGCGUCAGCGGCGCCAGCGGCGACGACCCCUUCGCGAAGAUUAAGGGCCUGAUUCUAGAGGCUUGCAAGUUGGAGGCGGAGGUCGCUGCGGACGCCGAGCACAAGGCUUUCUGCGACAAGGAGCUGUCCGAAAACGAGGAAAAGGAGGCCGACAAGAUCUCGGAGAUCGAGAAGAUCACCUCGAAGAUCGACCAGUGGACCGCCAGGUCCGCGCAGCUGAAGAGCGAAGUGGCGGCAUUGCAGGAGGGACUCGCGGCCCUCGCUUCGAGCCAGGCCACCAUGGAUAAGAUCCGCGGGGAAGAGAAGGCACUGUACACGAAGAACCGAGCCGAGAUGGAGCAGGGCCUCGAGGGCAUCAAGCUCGCUUUGAAGAUCCUGGGUGAGUACUAUGCCAAGGACAAGGCGCACGUUGCCGCGGAGGGCGCUAGCGCUUCCAUUAUUGGCCUCCUGGAGGUGAUCGAGUCCGACUUCUCCAAGAACCUCGCGGAGAUCAUCUCCACGGAGGAGUCCGCAGUUCAGGAGUACGAGGAGACGUCCAAGAAUAACGCCGUCGACAGGACCAACAAGGAGCAGGACGUGAAGUAUAAGAGCCAGGAGGCGGCCAACCGCGACAAGGAGACCGCAGAGGCGAAGACGGACAGGACGGGCGUGCAGAAGGAGCUCGACGCCGUGCAGGCGGUUCUGAAGAGCCUGCAUUCGCAGUGCGACGAGACGACCACGCCCUACGAGGAGCUGAAGCGCCGGCGCGAGGCGGAGGUCGCAGGCCUCAAACAGGCCCUGGAGAUCCUGGAGGGCGAGGCCGUGCUGCUGCAGCGGGCCCGCCGGCUGCGGGCGGUGCGGAGGCACGCCGCGUGA